AUGUACAGACCGAGUACGAUAGCUCACUUGUCGAAUCCGGUGACGACGAGGUGCGUCCCGCUGAGCGCCCACACGACGCGCGCGCCCCGCGCCCCCGCCGGGCUGAACACCUGCCCACGUAUACAUGUACAGACCGAGUACGAUAGCUCACUUGUCGAAUCCGGUGACGACGAGGUGCGUCCCGCUGAGCGCCCACACGACGCGCGCGCCCCGCGCCCCCGCCGGGCUGAACAACCUGCCCACAGUAUACAUGUACAGACCGAGUACGAUAGCUCACUUGUCGAAUCCGGUGACGACGAGGUGCGUCCCGCUGAGCGCCCACACGACGCGCGCGCCCCGCGCCCCCGCCGGGCUGAACACCUGCCCACGUAUACAUGUACAGACCGAGUACGAUAG